AAGCACGAAGUUGUCAUGAAUAUAGUCCAGGAUGAAGACAAAGUUGUCAUGAAUAUUGUCCAAGAUGUCAUGAAUAUUGUCCAGGAUGAAGACAAAGUUGUCAUGAAUAUUGUCCAAGAUGUCAUGAAUAUUGUCCAAGAUGAAGACAAGAGUUGUGCUGCUAUGCUGCGCGAUGUUCCAGGGGGGACAUUUCAUCUGUGGGACCUUUUCCGGUCUAGCUGUGUGACUUCCGGUGUGUGUGUGUGUGUGAGACUCCCUGCAGACGCGGUGUCCAACGUGGCCAACAUGUCAUUGACAAAGACACUUGGAUUGUCUGCCUGUUUGAGGACCUCCCUGCAAAGUGUUCCUCUCCGAUUAAACUCCAACAGAGCUUCAGUGUCCCGCUGCAACCGGCAGAAACAUGAGAACAUGUACCCGGUGACGCUGGUGAGGACUGACGGCUCCACCAUCAACAUCAGAUACAAAGAACCCAGGCGCAUCCUCAUGAUGCCAGUGGAUCUGUCCACUUUGUCUGAGGAAGAACGUCGCAUUCGCCAGAAAAAGCGACAAGUGAAGAAAAUGGUUCAAGAGACGACGAUCCACUACGAUGACGACUUCCAGGUGGAUAAAUACAGUCAGUUCUGGAAGAAGAAAUGAAAAUAAAAGAAGAAUCUUCAUCCGUCAA